GGUACUUGCGGUGCUACGAGGUACAUUCUGUGCCUUCCAUGAUCUUUAUCCGGAAAGCCGGGGGUUUUAGGAAUUCGCGUUCACGGAGAAAGGCUUGUCGAUGUUACUCCGCCGCCAAGCUGAAAUACGUUAGAACCUACAAGUCAAUAGCCCAGACCUGUAAUGUACUCUCGCCUGUCACUCAUAGCCAGACAUAUUUCCAGGCCUUUACCCAGCCUUUCGCAACGAACACCGAUCGUGAAACCUCGUCUACUCAACUUCGCCAUGGCUUCGGCGGAUGAGCGCAACUCGCGCACCGUCCAUACGGCAGCAUGCCUCAUCAUUGGCGAUGAAGUUCUCGGUGGCAAGACCGUCGAUACCAAUUCCAAUACAGUGGCAAAGUGGUGCUUCGAGCUGGGCAUCAAUUUGAAGAGGAUCGAGGUCAUAGAGGAUGACGAGUCUGAAAUUAUAGAGGCGGUGCGCCGGAUGAGCGACCGCUACGACUUUGUUGUGACCAGCGGCGGCAUAGGUCCGACACACGACGACAUUACCUACCAGUCUAUAGCCAAGGCAUUUGGGCUGGACCUCAAGUUGCACAAUGAUGCAUAUGAGCGAAUGAAGAAGCUUUCAAGGCCGCAUCCUUCGCAGCCCAAGUUCAACUGGGACGAAGACUCGCCAGCGAAGCGUGCCAAGCUUAGAAUGGUAGAACUCCCCACGGACGAGAGCCGCGAUAUGGAUAAACAAUUUUUGUUCCCCCGUGAGGAGCUCUGGGUUCCUGUGUGCGUCGUCAACGGCAACGUGCAUAUCCUUCCGGGAGUUCCCAAGCUCUUCGUCUCUCUUUUGGAGGGCCUGAAGCCUUACAUUGUACCACGACUGGUCGAUCCGGAAGGCAAGGGGAUCUGCCGAGUUAUGAUCUCGACGCCCUUGGCUGAAAGUGCCAUGGCUGCGUACCUGACCGAGCUUGCGGCCAAGGUUGAACCGCAAGGUGUCAAGGUGGGUAGCUACCCGAGGUGGAACAAGAAGCGGAAUACAGUAACUUUGGUUGGCAAGAACAAAGCAUUCAUCGAAAGUCUCAUCCCGGAGGUCACCAAGAACGUCCAAGGCCGGGUGAUCACUGUCGAAGGGGAAGACGACGACCCGAAAGACAAGGACGAGCCUGUCUCGCAGUAAAAUAAAACAUGUUCUAGAAACACGGCAGAAAGCUACAGACUCCGCUGUGUGCUUUACUACCAAGAGCAGGCAGUCCCGUUAAAGGAAUGUGGAGAUCGGCACCUUUCGGACGAGUGCUUAUUGUUGAAUGUGGGCAUUGGGCAAAGACUCUGGCAUUUCCUCGACCCGGACCGUUUGGGCGAUCUUGGUGGGGUAUGUACUUUGUAGGUGGUAAGGAACGAUAAAACCUUCGUCCCUGAACAAGUACAUAGGCCAACGCAAAUGAAAUACAACCUAUAUUCAUGUCUCAUAAA